UCCAGUUAGCGAGGAGCGGCGGCGGCAACCGCGGGCGGACCUCCUCCUCAGCGCCACUUCCCUUCGAGGAGCCCGCCCGCCCCGGCCGCGCCUGGUGAGGAGACGACAUGAACAGCACCGCAUUGCUGGGGCUCCGGGCAGCGGGUGUUGCGCCUCGCCUCUUGGGGCAAGGAGGCUGCCGCCUCUGGAGCAGCGAGCCCUGCGCCCCCCAGCCGAGCCCCCCUCUGCGGAUUGGCUGCGCCUCAGGCUUCUGGGGAGACACGGCUGCCUCAGUUCCUCAGUUGCUGUAUGGAGGGAAGCUGGAUUUCCUGGUUUUUGAUUACCUUUCUGAAAUUACAAUGUCUUUGCUAACUGCUGCCAAAGCCAAAUCUCCAGAUUUGGGAUAUACACCUGAUUUUGUAUUAACUGCAAUGGCUCCUUAUAUAAAGGAUAUUCAUAAGAAAGGUGUCCGCGUUGUCAGCAAUGCUGGUGGGAUUAAUCCGCUUGCCUGUGCUGAGGCUCUGCAACAGGUGGCGAAAAAGGCUGAUGUCGACAUGAAGAUUGCAGUUGUUACUGGUGACAAUUUGAUAGGAGAGGUAAACAACGUCAAAGAAGCUGUCCAACAAGCAGAAAAUGGGAGGUUAUUUCCAGAAAGCAUUCACAGCAUGAAUGUGUAUUUGGGUGCAAGACCAAUAAGUAGAGCUCUUGACCUAGGAGCUGAUAUUGUGGUGACUGGCAGAUGUGUUGACAGCAGCCUUGUAUUAGGACCACUAAUCCAUUCUUUUGGCUGGAAGAGAAAUGAAUUCAACCUCUUAGCAGCUGGAAGUGGCCGGUGGCAUCUGAUUGAAUGUGGUGCUCAAUGUACAGGUGGAAUAUUCACUGACUGGCAUACUGUAUCAGACUGGCAUAACAUCGGUUUUCCCAUAGUAGAAUGUUCUUCUGAUGGAAGUUUUAUUGUAUCUAAACCACCCAACACAGGAGGCCUGUUGUCUUUUGGCACAGUGGCAGAACAGUUGGUUUAUGAAAUUGGUAACCCUAAGGAAUACCUCUUACCUGAUGUCACAUGUGACUUCUCUCAAGUUUCUAUUAUUGAAAUCCCAGGUGUUGAAGGUGGUGCAGUGAAAGUUCAGGGAGCUACAGGAUUACCUCCUUCGUCAUUUUACAAGGUAAAUGCCACUUAUCCUGAUGGAUUCAAAGCUAUAGCUUGCUGCCCAGUGACAGGACCAAAAGCCAUAGAAAAGGGAAAACAAGUAGCUGAAAGUAUUCUGGAAAGGACUCGCAUGAUGUUUAGUCAACUGGGAUAUGAGGAUUACAGUGCAGUUAACAUACAGAUUUUAGGUUCUGAAGAAACAUAUGGACCACAUGCCAAGAGAAACAUAGAUGGUGGUCCCCGGGAAGCGGUUAUUUGGCUUGCUGUGCUUCAUAAGCAGAAGAAGGCAGUUGAAAUUUUCUCAAGAGAGAUUGCACCAGCUGGAACAGGAAUGGCACCUGGUGUCACUGGCCUUGUUGGAGGACGUCCAAAAGUAUCUCCAGUUUUGAAACCAUUUUUCUUCCUUUAUCCAAAAAAGAAUGUGAAGAUUAACAUAUUUAUGAAUGGAGAGCAUGUUGAAACAUUUGAGGAGGAUCUUUCAUUCACUUCAGAUGCACCAAUUUCACCUGAAGUGCUCCAGACUCAAGGUGACUUAAAAGAUCUACCAAGUGGUCCCCAUGCAUAUCGCCUGGAAGAUCUUGCCUACACCAGGAGUGGAGACAAAGGGAAUUCCGCAAAUAUAGGUGUCAUAGCCCGACAUCCUCUCUAUUACCCGUACUUGAAGAAAACAUUAACUGCUCAGGCUGUAGAAGGCUAUUUCCAACAUCUUUUAGAAAGAGAGGAGCCUGAAGAGAACUUGGUUAUAAGGUAUGAGUUGCCUGGAAUAUAUGGAUUAAACUUUGUUCUGAAAAAUUCACUUGGUGGUGGGGGCAUAGCAUCUCUGAGAAGUGACCCACAGGGCAAAGCAUUUGGACAGAUGCUGUUGGAUUUCCAGAUAAAAAAUGUUCCAAAUUUAAAAUCUUUGAUAGAAUAACAUUACUUACCUCAUUCAGUUUUGAAGCCACAUUAAGCAAAUAUUAGUUUUAAAUAAUGUACUGAGUCAGAAAAUGAAGACACCACUAAAAUUUCAGUUA